GGAGGAGAAGCCGAGACGCCCGGCUGGCUGCCCGCGGGGACAUGGUUGCAGAUUUGAUCUCUUCUGAGCUCUUUGCAGUGUCUGGACUACUGGGCCUCUAAAAGUCUACAGACAGUUAUCAUUCAGUUCCUGGGAUUGCGCUCCCUGCUUCUCCUCAUCACCUUCCCCUCUCCCCUUUUCCCUCCUAUAAAACUCCUGUGCAUUGUGGGAUUGCCAUGGAGCCACGGGAGACCUUAGGCAGCUCCCGGCAAAGGGGAGGCGAGGCGGAUUUCUUGCCAGCUACUGUUGCCUCUGCAAAGCCUCCACCGGCUUCCAGCUGCGCGGGGGAAACCAUAUUGCCUGCUUCGGGCUCCGGGAAAGGGAUCCCAGUGAGUGGAGAAAGGAUGGAGCCAGAGGAAGAGGACGAGCUGGGUUCUGGGAGAGAUGUGGAUUCCACUUCCAAUGCAGACAGCGAGAAAUGGGUGGCCGGGGAUGGCUUGGAGGAGCAGGAGUUUUCCAUCAAGGAAGCAAACUUCACAGAGGGGAGUUUAAAACUGAAAAUUCAGACCACCAAGAGAGCUAAGAAGCCCCCGAAGAACCUGGAGAACUAUAUCUGUCCACCCGAGAUCAAGAUCACCAUCAAGCAGUCUGGGGAUCAGAAACUCUCCAGAGCUGGGAAAAAUAGCAAAGCGGCUAAAGAGGAGGACAGAGGGCACUUCAAAAAGAAGUGGCACUGGAGGUCUCCGUCUGGGAUCAGAGCCCCUUCGGGUUAGGCAGCGUGCAUACACGCAAACACACGUGAACAAGCACGCAUGCACACCCCCCCCCGGGAAAAGACACGCAAGAGGCAGGCAGAAUCGAAAUAAAUGACCAAAGACAACAGGUGAAUUCAGUAAACAGACGGGGAGCACAAGGUAACAAUGAGAUGAUUAUGAUUAGCAUAAUGAGCAACGGCCACAACACACCAGCUGCCGAAGCAUUGUCGAGCAUCUUGUGGGCAUUCGAAGGGGGACAAUGAGGAUUUUUACAGUCAAAGCAAGUCCCCUGACCCUAAGCGAUGUGCAGUCUAAGGAGGCUUGAGCUUAGCCAGCAAGAUUUCCCACAGGAUUAAAGGCGGCUCAUGAAAAGGGUUGCAGAAUCAGGCCCUUACCUAAAUAAUUCAGGCGAGUUGCAACAGGAGUUGAAGACAGAUACUGCAAGAGACGGGUAGGAAAAAGGCAGGACAAAGGCUCCAACUGUCAAAUCAUGUGGUUGCUUUCUUGGCCGAGUGGCGUGUCACGACGUCUGCACAGAUAUGUUUUUAAAGAUACAGUUAGCAUGAGGCUAGGAGAAAACUCUGCAAGUCGAAACCUGAACUGUACCGGGGCUGGGGUGGCCUAGUCCUUCUGCAGGUUUUCCCCAUGUAGAAGAGCACACGGAGGUAGUUUUCCCCUUUGUUUGCAGACAAUAUCGUCAGCCCCAUUUAUGUAUGAGACGGAGAGACCGUGAGCUCUAUUGUUUCAACCAUCCCAAGACUUGUGCUGCUUAAAUGGCAUUUCUCUCUUCAAAAUGAUAUUGGCUUCCUGUCCCAUUGCUUUAAUAAAAGUAAACCCAAGAGGAUUAUCAAAUGGGAAGAACUGCAGCAAUUGGGACCACUACACUGAGCCAGUGGGCCAAAUCUUCAACUGGCAUGCCUCCGUUGGGUUUUUGCCAGCUCAGUGCUUGGCCCAAUAUAUUUGGGUUGUUUUUUUUUUUCUUGGGAAGGAGAGCAGUAGCAUUAUUCCAGUUUACCACCCAUGUUAUAUAUUCAGGGGUACACGUCGCCUUGAACUCCCACCGAGACUUACACGGGUGGAGGGCUGUUCAUAACCCUUAAUGUGAGCUACAGGCUCAUGUAUCAGCAGUAGAAAUGGCUGUUUUACACCUAGAGGAGUAAUGCUUGGAUUUGUUUUUUUCCCCCUAAGGAGGAGCUAACUCUAUUAGGACUUGAAAAAUCACUUAGGUUUGUUGCAUAAUAAUUUAAGCCACAUCUCCAGUAGUCCCCAGUGCUUCCAAAUACCUCUUCAGUAUGCUUGCAGGAGUUUCAAUACACAUAGCACAGAGGGCGAGUAAUGAAAACAUGGAAGCAAUUUAAGUAACAGCAUGUGGGUACACAAAGGACCGGUGAUGCCAGUAAUGUAAAAGGGGCUGUGAACUGGGGAUAGAGUGUUUAUUCAGUGGCCACUUAGGGAGGAAGAAGAUAUGCCUGUUCUCUAGCCUUAUACUGCUCUGCUAAUUAGGCAGUAUAGGCGCUUGCAUCAUUCGUCAAAGUGUGGUGCCUGGACCACUGGGGAUUCGAACGGUGGUCUGCGGAGAGUGGUGCCAUCACGUGGUGCGGAUGGCUUUUCUUUGAUUCCAGCUGCUACGUUUUAUUAAAAGAAGUAAACAUACGUUAAAUACUUUCCUCAUGUUGCUUUUCCGCGUGAGCCACUGCAGCGAUUGCCCUGGGGAUGUUAUGUGCUCAUGAAUGGGAGGGGAGGCUACCUAAGGAGACAGGCUGCUUGGGCGCGGUACCCAUUAUGGGAGAGAAAAACAAUUACAAGUUUGGGAAUCCUCGGUCUAGUGGCUUGAACUUUAGGCUCCAAUCCAGGAGCUUGGGGGUUUCAGUCCAAGGUUUUUGGGUUUUAUUUUUUUUACAUCAAGUUUCCCCUUCUGUAAAACGAAGCGGGAGGUGGGGGGAUGCUCCCUACUCAUUUCCCAGGGCUCCUAUAGAGAUGCAUCUUAGCUGGGUUAGUGUUUUU